AUGCGUGAAUAUUGUUUACGAAUUUUAUAUUAUGUAAAUGAAGAUCAACUUAAAUCAAUGAAUUUAAAUACAAAUUUAUUGAAUAAUUAUCUUAAUGAUCAAAGAUCAUAUGUAGCUCAUAUUAUUGGUAUUCAAUAUCAAACAUAUGAUACACGUAGUGAUGAUAAUGAUACAAAAACCUAUAUGGAUGAUGAUAUUAUUCAUAAUGAUACUGAUAUUGAUAUACGUAAUACAAUUUUGAUUAUAUUUCAACAUUUUUUUCAAAACUUUCAAUUAGAAAAUAAUGAUGAUAUCGAUAUUCAAAAUAUUUGUGCAAAACGUAUUUCAAUAUUAUUAACAGAAUUUUUGUUUAAUCGUGACGAUAUAUUGUGUAUAAAUGUAUCAAUAUUAUUAAAAUUAAUUAUUGAUAAAAAUUUAAAAAAAGAAUUUAUUGAAUAUGAAAUUAAUAAUAUUUGUAUUGUAUUACAAACACAUCCGAAUGAAUUAGUACGUCAGUAUAUACAAUUAGAAUUGAUUACACAAGAAAUUCUUAAAAAAGAAAUUUUAAAUGAAUAUGAUUGUACUAAUUUAGAAUUGAAUUUGAAUACAUAUUUAAAUGCUGUUACAUUUUGUAAUAAAAUAUUACCUAUUAAUGUAUUUGAAAUAAUUUAUAAAAUUCUAAAAAGAAAUUUGUAUAAACCGAAUUUAUUUCUUCUUUUACUUGAAUAUGUUCAAAAUAGUCAAAAAUUACCAAAUCAAUUAAUUAAAUCAUUAGGAAAUCAAUUAGCAAAUGAUAAAAAUCAAAUUUUAAUUCAAAUUUUAUAUUAUGUUG